AUUGGUUGGAAGACCCUUCGCUCUAGCUGGGAGGCUGACGGCCCGCGGGCGUAAGCGCGCUGCGGCCGCGAGCUCCUGGCGGCGGCGGGAUGGAGGCGGCGGCCGAUCCUGGAAACCUGGCCGGCGUCAGACACAUCAUCCUGGUCCUCUCAGGAAAGGGGGGCGUUGGGAAAAGCACCGUCUCCACGGAGCUGGCCCUGGCACUGCGCCACGCGGGCAAGAAGGUGGGAAUCCUGGAUGUGGACCUGUGUGGCCCCAGCAUCCCCCGCAUGCUCGGGGCGCAGGGCAGGGCCGUGCACCAGUGCGACCGCGGCUGGGCGCCCGUCUUCCUGGACCAGGAGCAGAGCCUCUCGCUCAUGUCUGUGGGCUUCCUGCUGGAGAAGCCGGACGAGGCCGUGGUGUGGAGAGGCCCCAAGAAAAACGCGCUGAUAAAGCAGUUUGUGUCCGACGUGGCCUGGGGGGAGCUGGACUACCUGGUGGUGGACACGCCCCCGGGGACCUCCGAUGAGCACAUGGCCACCGUAGAAGCCCUGCGUCCUCACCAGCCCCUGGGGGCCCUCGUGGUCACCACGCCCCAGGCGGUGUCCGUGGGGGACGUGAGGCGCGAGCUGACCUUCUGCAGGAAGACGGGCUUGCGGGUGAUGGGAGUCGUGGAGAACAUGAGCGGCUUCACCUGCCCACACUGCGCAGAGUGCACCAGCGUCUUCUCCAGGGGCGGCGGAGAGGAGCUGGCCCAGCUCGCCGGGGUGCCCUUCUUAGGCUCCGUGCCCCUGGACCCUGAGCUCAUGAGGAGCCUGGAGGAGGGCCACGACUUCAUCCAGGAGUUCCCCGGCAGCCCCGCCUUCGCUGCACUCACCUCCAUAGCCCAGAAGAUUCUGGACGCGACACCCGCGUGCCUCCCCUGACUAAGGCCACCUUGCAGCCGCUUUCCAGGGCCACCGAGGGCUCUGCUCCAGCCUCUCAGAGAAACAGGCCUAGGCUCGGCUCCCGGGCCCUGCAGGGGCAGGCCCAGGCAGCGUCAGCGGGAGAGCGUCUCCCCGACCAGCCCAGCCCCAGGAUGUGUUGCACCAGCAGCUCUGCCUGGUUGGCCUGUGGCUGAGAGGACAGCUCGGGCCCUGGUGCUGUGGCCUGCGUGCUCUGCAGCUGUGCGACGGGAGUGGCCUGGGCUCUCUUCCCAUCCAUGUUUCCCACCUGUGCGCCUGGCAGCCACGUGUCCACACAGCAGAGCGCAGGACUUCUGCCGUCCUCAGGUGACCCCAGGCCUCCAGCACCCGGGGGUCACUGUCAUCUGUGUUAAGCUUGGGGAGUGCCCCCUAAGGGGGCGAAAUGACCUCAGGCAUGUCUUGUAACUGUAGAGGGGCCCACCAUUAAACGUGUCCGCUGCUGUGGUGACAAGUC